AUGCCCACGCGAGCGGACAUCACUUAUUUUGGAGCAGGCCCUGCCCUCCUCCCAACUGAUGUUUUAGAGACAGCAGCUCAGGCGCUGCUGGACUAUAAUGGGACCGGUCUAGGUAUCGCAGAGCACUCGCAUAGAUCUGAGCACGCCACUACCAUCAUCAACACAGCCAAGGCGGAUCUCGCAAGCUACCUGGAUAUUCCGGAUGACUACGAGAUUCUCUUCAUGCAAGCUGGUGGGACUGGAGAAUUUUCUGCCACCGUGUACAACCUUGUCGGUGCAUGGGUCACAAAACAGAAAGAACAAAUUAGCAAGACACUUGGUGAGACUGAUGACAGCAAGCUCGCCGAAGAGUUGAGAAAGGUGGUGCAGGAGAAGCUGAAGGUUGACUAUAUCGUUACUGGAGGCUGGUCGGACAAGGCGCACAAGGAAGCUAUUCGCCUACUUGGCCCAGAACACGUCAAUCUUGUUGUCGACUCUCGAACUAGCAAUGGCGGCAAAUUCGGCAAGAUUCCCGACGAAAGCACCUGGAACUUGUCGAAGGACGCGGCACUCGUGUACUAUUGCGAUAACGAGACUGUCGACGGCGUCGAGUUCCCUAAAUUUCCUGACGCGCUUCUGCCCGCAUCGGACGGCGUGUUCGUUGCAGGCCAAGUGCUCAAGAGGUUGCUGAAGAAUUUCCCCGACAAAGCUGCCGGCCAGGAAGCCCUUGCAACUCGUAAGGCCGAAUUGAUUUAUGCCGCGCUAGAAGCACACCCCGAGACAUAUCAUAUUGUCCCCGACAAGUCCGUGAGAUCGCGAAUGAACAUUUGCUUCCGAGUCACUAAAGCAGGUAACGUUGAUGAAGCUGAAAAGGCCUUUUUGAAGGAAGCUACUGCGCUUGGCCUCACGGGCUUGAAAGGCCACCGCAGUGUUGGCGGAAUUCGCGCCAGUAACUACAAUUCUAUUCCCCUUGAGGGCGCAGAAAAACUAGCCAAGUUCAUUGAGGACUUUGCGAAGGCCUCUUAG